AUGCAUUUAUUAGGCAAAAUUAUACUAUUAUUAUUAUUAUUAUUAUUAUUAUUAUUAUUAUUAUUAUUAUUGUUACUAUUAUUACUAUUAUUAUUAUUAUUAUUAUUAUUAUUAUUAUUAUUAUUAUUAUUAUUAUUAUUAUUAUUAUUAUUAUUAUUAUUAUUAUUAUUAUUAUUAUUAUUAUUAUUAUUAUUAUUAUUAUUAUUAUUAUUAUUAUUAUUAUUAUUAUUAUUAUUAUUAUUAUUAUUAUUAUUAUUAUUAUUAUUAUUAUUAUUAUUAUUAUUAUUAUUAUUAUUAUUAUUAUUAUUAUUAUUAUUAUUAUUAUUAUUAUUAUUAUUAUUAUUAUUAUUAUUAUUAUUAUUAUUAUUAUUAUUAUUAUUAUUAUUAUUAUUAUUAUUAUUAUUAUUAUUAUUAUUAUUAUUAUUAUUAUUAUUAUUAUUAUUAUUAUUAUUAUUAUUAUUAUUAUUAUUAUUAUUAUUAUUAUUAUUAUUAUUAUUAUUAUUAUUAUUAUUAUUAUUAUUAUUAUUAUUAUUAUUAUUAUUAUUAUUAUUAUUAUUAUUAUUAUUAUUAUUAUUAUUAUUAUUAUUAUUAUUAUUAUUAUUAUUAUUAUUAUUAUUAUUAUUAUUAUUAUUAUUAUUAUUAUUAUUAUUAUUAUUAUUAUUAUUAUUAUUAUUAUUAUUAUUAUUAUUAUUAUUAUUAUUAUUAUUAUUAUUAUUAUUAUUAUUAUUAUUACUAUUAAUAUUAUUAUUAUUAUCCAAUUGUAUAUGGUCCAAUUGA